AUGGCUUCGCAGGGAACCGGUUACGACCUCUCGGCGAGCACGUACUCGCCUGAUGGGCGGAUCUUUCAGAUCGAAUAUGCGGCCAAGGCAGCAGAAAACGCAGGGACCGCUAUCGCCAUCAAGACCAAGACGGGUGUUGUGGUCGCUGUGGAAAAGCUCGUACAGUCCAAGUUGCUCGUGCCGGGAUCCAAUCGACGCAUCUUCAACGUUGCGCCGCAUAUCGGCAUCGUUUCUGCUGGCUUGAUCGCCGACGGCAAACACCUCGCCACACGUGCUCGAUCAGAAGCUGUUUCACAUCUGGACAACUACCGCUUCCCUGCUCCCGUCAAGACGCUCGCUGAUCGCGUCGCAUACUACGUGCAGGCGUACACACUCUACUCCUCGGUGCGCCCGUUCGGUGUGAGCGCGAUCAUUGCAGGUUUGGACGAUUCAAAGGGACCGCAAAUCUACAUGAUCGAACCUUCGGGCGUCUUCUGGGGCUACAACGGCUGCGCUGUCGGUAAAGGGCGACAGUCGGCAAAGACAGAAAUUGAAAAGUUGGAUCUGGAUAACUUGACACAGAAGGAGGCUGUCGAGGAGGCAGCAAAGAUCAUCUUCAAGGUGCACGACGACGCAAAGGAUAAGGAGUUUGAGUUGGAGCUUAGCUGGUGUGGCCCAGAAAGCAACGGUGUGCAUACCAGCGUACCCGCCGAUCUCAGGUUGGACGCCAUCAAUAAGGCUAAAGAGGCGUUGGAUGAUGAGAUGGAGGAUUAG